AUGGUGGGAUCUGCGCAGCGUGUCUCGCUCGGCUAUCCUGUCACCUUGACCGUCCGAAGCCGUGAGCAGUUCACCAAGUACCGUGCCCCCCAGUUCACCACCCGGUCUGUGAGACUUCCCAAGACGCUUGGCACCACUUCGGCCUCGUGCACUGUGGCUUGGCUGUUGCCAGGCGUCUUGCAUCGCACCCUCGGCGCGGACCUGAUUCAUGCUCCUGGGGGCGGAAACCAGACCGUGUCUCUCCUCUUGUACGCUGUUUCUGCGCUUGGGUCGCUGCGACAAUUCGCUUUAACGGCCAAUCUCGACAACGAAGAAACAUUAUACUUCAUUAACGCCACUCUGGGGACCCCGGCACAGUCCCUCCGACUUCACCUCGAUACCGGCAGCAGUGACCUGUGGGUAAACACCGCGAGCUCAGCAUUAUGUACACAAACAUCACAACCCUGUGCUUUUGCCGGCACAUAUGACGCCAACUCCUCGUCAACAUAUGAGUAUGUUGGUUCUUGGUUCAACAUAUCAUACGUCGACGGCUCCGGAGCAAGCGGUGACUACGUGACGGACACGAUGUCAAUAGGCGGGACGACAGUAAGCGACUUCCAGUUCGGUAUUGGCUACACGAGCAGCAGCUCCCAGGGCAUUCUGGGAGUGGGCUACGCGGUGAACGAAGUGCAGGUUGGCCGGGCGCAGCUGUCGGCCUACGACAACCUGCCGGCGAAGAUGAAGUCCGAGGGCAAGAUCACGUCCAAUGCCUACAGCCUGUGGCUGAACGACCUCGACGCGAGCACCGGCCAGAUCCUGUUUGGCGGUGUGGACACGGACCAGUUCCAGGGCGAGCUCCAGACGCUGCCGAUCCAAGCCGAGGGCAGCGUGUACGCCGAGUUCCUGAUCACACUGACCGGCGUGUCGUUCAGCGGCGAGACGAUCGCGGAGGACCAGGCACUGGCGGUGCUCCUGGACAGCGGCAGCAGCCUGACAUACCUGCCCAACUCCAUGGUGGAGACCAUCUACGACCGCGUGUCGGCGCAAUACGACAGCAACGAGGGCGCGGCGUACAUCGCGUGCAGCAAGGCCAACGACAACGCCACGCUCGACUUCACCUUCAGCUCGCCUGUCAUCUCGGUCGAGAUGAACGAGCUCGUGCUGGACCUGGUCACGGCCUCGGGCAAGCGCCCGCGCUUCUCGGACGGCACCGAGGCGUGCCUGUUCGGCAUCGCGCCCGCCGGCUCCAGCAGCAUGGUCCUGGGCGACACCUUCCUCCGCAGCGCCUACGUCGUCUACGACCUCGAGAACAACGAGAUCUCCAUCGCCCAGACGAACUUCAACGCCACCACCAGCAACGUCCUCGAGAUCGGCUCCGGAACCGACGCCGUCCCCAGCGCCACCGCCGUCGCUAAUGCCGUGGCCGCCACGGGGCUCUCCGACUCGACGACCAUCGCCGGUGGCUUCGGGCUCAAGAAUGCGGCGCCGCGGCUGACAGACGGCGUUGCGCUUUCCGCGGCCGUUGGGGCCGUCGUGGCUGUGGCAUUCGGGGCCGGUGCCGCUCUUUUCUAA